UAAGAGCCUACUGCGAUGAAGAUCGUUCAACGUGGUCGAUUCGCAAUCGGGCUUGCCCUCGGAGUUUCACUGGUCCUAUACUGUUAUUACAAUGUUGUUUUCGAUAACUGUGCUGAAACUUGCGUUAGCUACGAUCAACUUGUGGAUGCAAGGCCGGAAAAGAACAACACCAAGUACAUCCUCACCUACACCAACUUCUUCACCAGCAACAACUGGUUCCUCAACGAGGAAACCGUCGGCGAGGACUUUUUCCGCUACCACCAAUGUCCGGAAACGGACUGCGUCGUAACGAGCCGCCAAGAUCUCCUCCCCUCGAUCGCCUACUUCGAUGCGCUGGUCUUCCACGGCGCCGAGGAGUGGCGGCGACCAGUCCCAACAAUUCGAUCGCCAUCUCAGCUGUACGUGGCGGCCAUUAAGGAAUCUCCGGCGCACACCAAACGCGAUCUCGCGCAGGACGUCGACUUUUACAACUGGACCAUGACCUACCGGGCCGAUUCGGACGUGCUGUGGACCUACGGUCAGCUGAGUGAGAUCGGUGGCGAGCGGAGGGUGGUCGCUCCGUCGGAGAGGACGUCGUGGCCGCAGGAUGGGUUUCAGAAUUAUACGAACCAGGCAUUGCUCGGGUUGGUGAGGAACAAAACCAAGAUGGCGGCGCAGUUUGUGUCGCACUGUGGAGCCGUUUCCGGAAGGGAUCGAUUGGUGAAGGCGAUUCAGAAGGCCGUUAAGGUCGACGUGUACGGGAAGUGUGGAACGAUGGAAUGUCCCCCCGGAUCCCCCCGCUGCACCCGGAUGCUCACCGACGACUACCGGUUCUACUUCGCCUUCGAGAACUCCCUGUGCCGGGAUUACGUGACCGAGAAGCUGUACAACGCCAUGGAGAGCUACAUCAUCCCGGUAGUAUUCGGCGGGGCGGACUACUCCAAGUUUGUUCCGCCCCACUCGGUGAUUGACGUUCAGGAGUUCGGGACGGUGAAGGAGCUGGUGAACUAUUUGAGGUUUUUGGCGGACAAUCCGGAAGAGUACUUGAAGUACUUUUGGUGGAAGGAGCACUACCGGGUGACCCGGAGCAAAACGUUCUGCGAGUUGUGCCGGAUGUUGCACGGAAUUGGGGCAAGGGAGAAGUCUCAGUACUAUAAGGACGUUAAGUCGUGGUGGUUUGAGGGAGCUUGUCAGGUUAAGGCGAAAAUUGCGUUUUGA